UGGUAAAAAAUAUCUGUUGAGAAUAGAUCUACUACCACGUCUCAGGAUGGCAGCUGAAACACAGAAACUCAGCUUGAAGCGUGAAGUGGGGCUUAUUGGUGCGAUCUCAUUCAUUGCCGGGACCAUGAUGGGAUCUGGAAUUUUUAUGUCCCCUCAGUCUGUGUUGGUCAACAUAGGAAGCCCAGGAGCCAGCCUGGUGAUCUGGGCAGCCUGUGGCCUGCUGGCCACGUUGGGUUCCCUCUGCUAUGCUGAACUGGGCACUGUCAUUUCUGAAUCUGGGGGAGAGUACAUAUAUAUUCUGCGGAUAUUUGGCCAAGUAGUUGCCUUCAUGUUUGUCUUCAGCUUCGUCAUUGUGAUGAGACCUGCCAGUGCAACAGGGAUAGCACUGAGCUUUGCUGAAUAUGCAGUGGCUCCUUUCUACCAUGACUGUACCCCUCCAGAGCUGGUGGUCAAGUGUGUGGCUGCAGCAGGGAUUGUGAUGUUAGCCAUUGUGAACAGUAUGAAUGUACGUCUGGCUAUGUUCAUUCAGGUAUUUUCCAUGGUGAUCAAGCUGGUGGCCUUGGCAGUGAUCAUUAUUGGAGGUGUGGUGCUGCUUUUCAAGGGGAACACUGAAAACUUUGAGGAUUCCUUUAAAGGGACCAAUGUGGAAAUCAGUUCCAUUGGGAUUUCUCUUUAUCAGGGGCUGUGGUCCUAUGAUGGCUGGAACACAUUGAAUUAUGUCACAGAAGAACUAAAACGCCCUGAGGUAAGGAACAAUUAAACCGUUUGAUAUUGUUUUGUCUGGAUUUGUCUAGAGUGCUACAAUUGUAUGUUUUGCCUGGAGUAGGCAAAAACAGACCAUUACAUUUUUUGUACUACUGAGGUUACAGGCCACAUGAAACAAACCAAAAAUACAGAGUUUAGAAUAUACAGGAAAAUCAACUGCACCAAUACCUGACAAAAAGUCUACUUUAUCGCAUCCUGACAAAAUGCUUUGAUCUUUGGUCAAUCCCACAGACAGCAAUACUGUGUUCCCUUAUCUAGAUUGCAUUUUAUUUUACUGCUUCUUAAAAAAACAGCAUUGUUGAUUAAGUAAGCAUUUCACUGUAAUGUCUACACCUGUUGUAUUCGGCGCAUGUAGCAAAUACAAUUUGAUUUGAUAGACUGAUCAGGAUGGAAAGACAGUGUAACAUACAGUAUGUCUGCAGACCAACCUCAUCAGCUAGGGGGCAAGUCUACACUCAAAAGACCACAGCUGUAAUUUCUAUAUUCACAUGGCUUCUGACAGCAAUUGCAGGUGGCUUUAUCACCAACACAUAUAACAACGGUGAGAGAGGUCAACCUUGGCCUUGAUCUUUCCAAACCUCAGGGAAAGAAGGAGUUUCUACACCAUCCAAAAACUUUUAAAGGAAUUAUCUAACUGUACGAUGACAUAGCAACCCCUUUUCUCACUCUCCUAGUCAAUAUUUAACAAAUUCUUUAUGUGAACCACUUUACAGCUAUAAACAAAGAUGACAAAACAAUAUGCUUUAUUCAACCUGAGAAGUUAAUAUUAACUAAGGACUUUGCACCCAGCAUCAAAGAUUAGCCAGGUCUUUGUCAUAAUUGUUCUUGCCUAAAAGAAGAGAUGAUCUAUCAUUGACAACAGUUUCUCCUGUUGUUUGAAUCAAAUAGGGGUCUGGCCAUGGCAAAAACAGAAACAGAGGGACUUCAACUGAAGCGCGAGUUGGGUUUAGUCAGUGCUGUGUCAUUGGUAGCAGGAACCAUGAUUGGAUCUGGUAUAUUCAUGUCCCCUCAGUUUGUGCUGUCCUACAUUGGAAGUCCAGGGGCAAGCCUGGUCAUUUGGACACUGUCUGGCCUUGUAGCCAUGCUGGGGGCACUCUCAUAUGCUGAGCUAGGAACCAUUAUUAAAGAAUCAGGAGGGGACUUUAUCUACAUUCUUCGAAUCUACGGACAGUUUCCUGCCUUCUUUGUGGCCUUCACCUUCCUACUAGUGGUGAAGCCAGCGAGCAUUGCAGCAAUAUCCCUCAGUUUUGCAGAAUAUGCAGUGGCACCUUUCUACCAAGACUGUUCUCCUCCUCAGCUAAUAGUGAAGUGUGCUGCUGUUGUAGCGGUCAUGGUUGUAGCCAUGGCCAACAUCUUGAAUGUACGUUUAGCCAUGAGAAUUCAGGUGGUCUUCUUGGUGGCUAAGCUAUUUGCACUGAUGGUUAUAGUAAUUGGAGGGAUAGUGAUAAUUGCACAGGGUAAUGUUGCUGUACAACAAAACGCUUUUGAUGGUACGAACUUGGGUGUGAGCUCCAUAGGGAUGGCUUUUUACCAAGGCCUCUGGUCCUAUGCUGGCUGGUACAACUUGAACUAUGUGACAGAAGAGUUGAAAAGACCUGAGGUAAGAAUGCACUGUAAUAAGUAAUGUAUUUCUUUACAUGAUCUUAAGGACUUACAGUUGAAGUCGGAAGUUUACAUACACUUAGGUUGGAGACAUUAAAACUCGUUUUUCAACCACUCCACAAAUGUCUUGUUAACAAACUAUAGUUUUGGCAAGUCGGUUAGGACAUCUACUUUGUGCAUUACACAAGUAAUUUUUCCAACAAUUGUUUACAGACAGAUUAUUUCACUUAUAAUUCACUGUAUCACAAUUCCAGUGGGUCAGAAGUUUACAUACACUAAGUUGACUGUGCCUUUAAACAGCUUGGAAAAUUCCAGAAAAUGAUGUUAUGGCUUUAGAAGCUUCUGAUAGUCUAAUUGACAUCAUUUGAGUCAAUUGAAGGUGUACCUGUGGAUGUAUUUCAAGGCCUACCUUCAAACUCAGUGCCUCUUUGCUUGACAUCAUGGGAAAAUCAAAAGAAAUCAGCCAAGACCUCAGAAAAGAAAUUGUAGACCUCCACAAGUCUGGUUCAUCCUUGGGAGCAAUUUCCAAAUGCCUGAAGGUACCACGUUCAUCUGUACAAACAAUAGUACGCAAGUAUAAACACCGUGGGACCACGCAGCCGUCAUACCGCUUAGGAAGGAGAUGCGUUCUGUCUCCUAGAGAUGAACGAACUUUGGUGUGAAAAGUGCAAAUCAAUCCCAGAACAACAGCAAAGGACCUUGUGAAGAUGCUGGAGGAAACAGGUACAAAAGUAUCUAUAUCCACAGUAAAACGAGUCCUAUAUCGACAUAACCUGAAAGGCCGCUCAGCAAGGAAGGAGCCACUGCUACAAAACCGCCAUAAAAAAGCCAGACUACGGUUUGCAACUGCACAUGGGGACAAAGAUCGUACUUUUUGGAGAAAUGUCCUCUGGUCUGAUUAAACAAAAAUACAACUGUUUGGCCAUAAUGACCAUCAUUAUGUUUGGAGGAAAAAGGGGGACUUGCAAGCCGAAGAACACCAUCCCAUCCGUGAAGCACGGGGGUGGCAGCAUCAUGCAGUGGGGGUGUUUAUCUGCAGGAGGGACUGGUGCACUUCACAAAAUAGAUGGCAUCAUGUGGAAGGAAAAUUAUGUGGAUAUAUUGAAGCAACAUCUCAAGACGUAAGUCAGGAAGUUAAAGCUUGGUCGCAAAUGGGUCUUCCAAAUGGACAAUGACCCCAAGCAUACUUCCAAAGUUGUGGCAAAAUGGCUUAAGGACAACAAAGUCAAUGUAUUGGAGUGGCCAUCACAAAGCCCUGACCACAAUCCUAUAGAAAAUGUGUGGGCAGAACUGAAAAAGCGUGUGCAAGCAAGGAGGCCUACAAAUCUGACUCAGUUACACCAGCUCUGUCAGGAGGAAUGGGGCAAAAUUCACCCAACUUAUUGUGGGAAGCUUGUGGAAGGCUACCCAAAAUGUUUGACCCAAGUUAAACAAUUUAAAGGCAAUGCUACCAAAUACUAAUUGAGUGUAUGUAAACUUCUGACCCACUGGGAAUGUGAUGAAAUAAAUAAAAGUUGAAAUAAAUCAUUCUCUCUACUAUUAUUCUGACAUUUCACAUUUUUAAAAUAAAGUGGUGAUCCUAACUGACCUAAGACUGGGAAUUUUUACUAGGAUUAAAUGUCAGGAAUUGUGAAAAACUGAGUUUAAAUAUAUUUGGCUAAGGUGUAUGUAAACUUCCGACUUCAACUGUAACAUAUCUUUCUCCAUCUUGCACCCUCUCAGGUAAAUCUGCCCAGGGCAGUUAUGAUUGCCAUCCCCAUGGUAACCAUGCUGUAUCUACUAGUCAAUGUGAGCUACCUGGCUGCCAUGACGCCAAGAGAACUGAUGUCGUCGAGUGCAGUGGCUGUCACCUGGGGGUGAGAGAGUUUGACUCCAUCCACACACCUCUCUCUCAUUUCUUUAAAUUUGUGGUGAGCUGACAAAUGACCUUGUUGUCGUCAACAGGAAUAAGGUGCUCGGGAGCUGGGGAUGGGUGAUGUCUAUCGCAGCCGCUUUGUCUGCUUUUGGCUCCCUGAAUGGAACAUUCUUUAGUGGUGGCCGGGUGUGCUUUGUGGCUGCAAGAGAGGGACACAUGGUGAGAAACACAUUCAAGAGACAGGCAAUUUUAACAAAACCUUUUUUAAAGAAACUCUGGCAUAAUCUGAUGUGUGUAGGUUCUUAUGUCAACAUGUUUUUUUCCCUUCCCCAGCCUGAUAUUCUAGCCAUGGCCCAUGUGAAUCGACUGACCCCCUCUCCAGCCCUGAUCUUCACCACGGCUAUCUCACUCCUGGUUCUCAUCCCUGGGGACUUUCAGAGCAUUGUCAACUUCUUCAGGUAGUUUAUGCUAUGACUUAAAAAUUGCUCAAUACAUUUACUUUUUUGUUGUUGCUUUAUUUAGCUUACAUCCCUCUCCAUUGAUAUUACCAGUUUCACUGCCUGGUUCUUCUAUGCAAUCACUCUGUCUGGGCUCCUCUACCUCAAGAUCAAGAAACCUGAACUUCCCAGGCCAUACAGGGUGAGUCUCAUAAGAUAUGUAAUUUCUACUUUUAUUUAUAAAGGUCUGAGUCCAUUUGAAAAAGACAUUGGUUUAUAACAAUUUCAUUACCCCAAUGGUCCCAUCUGCUGUCCACACCUCUUGUGUUUGUGCAACCAGGUUCCCAUUGUAAUCCCCAUCUUGGUCAUCAUCGCAGCAAUUUUCCUUGUGCUGGCACCUAUAA